AUGGUGCUGCAGUUAGCACCAGCAGCUGGGUCAUGGCUUCAGAGAAUAGUGCUGCAGUUAGCACCAGCAGCUGGGUCAUGGCUUCAGAGAAUAGUGCUGCAGUUAGCACCAGCAGCUGGGUCAUGGCUUCAGAGAAUGGUGCUGCAGUUAGCACCAGCAGCUGGGUCAUGGCUUCAGAGAAUGGUGCUGCAGUUAGUACCAGCAGCUGGGUCAUGGCUUCAGAGAAUAGUGCUGCAGUUAGCACCAGCAGCUGGGUCAUGGCUUCAGAGAAUGGUGCUGCAGUUAGCACCAGCAGCUGGGUCAUGGCUUCAGAGCACAGUGCUGCAGUUAGCACCAGCAGCUGGGUCAUGGCUUCAGAGAAUAGUGCUGCAGUUAGCACCAGCAGCUGGGUCAUGGCUUCAGAGAAUAGUGCUGCAGUUAGCACCAGCAGCUGGGUCAUGGCUUCAGAGAAUGGUGCUGCAGUUAGCACCAGCAGCUGGGUCAUGGCUUCAGAGAAUGGUGCUGCAGUUAGUACCAGCAGCUGGGUCAUGGCUUCAGAGCAUAGUGCUGCAGUUAGCACCAGCAGCUUGGUCAUGGCUUCAGAGAAUGGUGCUGCAGUUAGCACCAGCAGCUGGGUCAUGGCUUCAGAGAAUGGUGCUGCAGUUAGCACCAGCAGCUGGGUCAUGGCUUCAGAGCACAGUGCUGCAGUUAGCACCAGCAGCUGGGUCAUGGCUUCAGAGAAUGGUGGUGCAGUUAGUACCAGCAGCUGGGUCAUGGCUUCAGAGCACAGUGCUGCAGUUAGCACCAGCAGCUGGGUCAUGGCUUCAGACCCGAGGUUCACCAGAUCCAUCAUCUGUGGGUGUGCCAUGAUAUGUACUAAAGUAAUGUUCAAAGCGGCCAAUAUGAAGACCAUUAGUCAAUCUGAUAAGUAUUGGUAUUGUCUAAAACGAACGUGUUGACAUCAAAAAAUGUUUUCCAUUGUUGUGACAAAGUCUGAAUUAGAGACAUGCACUUUCACAGUUGUCAUGUCAUCGUAUCCAAUUGCAUGGAUCGAUGCUCAUUAUGUCAGUCACUGGAUUGUCUGGUCCAGACUCAAUUAUUUACAGGCUGCCGUCAUAUAGCUGGAAUAUUGCUGAGUGCGGCAUAAACAAACAAACAAAGUGGUGUUGAACCCAAGUCACUAAUAGUGUUACCACUCCAGCUCCUCACUAGCUGUUACCAUGGUGACAGAAGAUGUAGACAUUAUGAAGUAUCAGAAGCCUCAUCAUGAGACACUGCUUGUAUCCUGACAGUUUCUCAAGCACUGCUGUGUUUAUGUGCAGUCAUUUGGUUUGUUCCUUCAAACAAACAGGGCUUUGAUAAUGUUGAUGUAAACAUACAACACUCAUAUUUAUGUUGCUUCCAGGUGGUAUUAUGAAUGCUGAAGGGAAGUGUGCAAUAAACCUGCAAGGAAAAUAUAUUUUUGUUAAAUAAAUGAUUGUAUAUGA